AUGAUGCAUUUUAGAAAGAAGUCCGGUAUUAGUAAUACGAGUGAUCAUGAGGGAGGGAACCGUGCCUCGGAUGUUAAGAUUUCUGAAGACGAUAAGUCAAGAUUGAAGAUGCGUACUGCUUCUGUUGCUGAUCCCAUCCUGGACGCUGUGCAGGAGGCCCAACCUUUCGAACAAGCUGCCGAUACCUUCCACGAUAACAUGAACAGACAAUCAUAUUUUUCCAACGAGGAAGGCCAUGUUCUAUGCGACGUCUUUGGUCAACCGAUCACACAGGUUGACAUAUCUAAUCCGACCAGAGCAAGGGACGAAAGACCCUUGGAUACGAUUAGAAGUUUCGAGUAUGCUGUCUCUGGAGACCCGGUCUGGGCCCAACAGUUAGAAACCCCAACCUACGGGUUCCGCGUAAGACCUGAUUUCCCCAUGUUUGGUGCGGCCGUGACCUACGAUGCUAACGGUAUGCCCCAACAAGCGGGUGGUGGUGCCUCCAGUCAAAUGUACGGUGAACAAGCUGUGUAUCAACCACAACAGCACGUACAGACUGAGGAAAAGCAAAAGAAGAAGAAGAAGGGUUUCUUCGGUAGAAUGAAGAAGAAAUAG